AUGGUGGCUACCAUUCAUUUUAAUUCGCCCUUUUACUCAAAUUCCUCCUUAACCUGCUCUACCUUCCACCUAUUCAUCAGUGUGUACUCUGGUACUAAUGAUGGUACUCUACCUACUAGCAAUACUGCUACCACUAAUACAAUCAAUACUACCAACAGAGACUACUGUUAUCACAACCAAUUCUAA